ACAAAUGCUGUGAUUUAAGGUGCUGAAUUCCAAGCCGAAGCAACAUAGGCCACGAGCCCGUUCCCUCUCGGCUCUGAUGGCUGAUCUAUGCCCUCGUCUUUCAAAAAAAACAAAAAAAAAGUAAUGUUUAACUCUAAAUAAACACUGUUAGAAUCAAUAACGUCUCCCUAUCCCCACUUUCUGAACAGACCUCAGUCUUUAAUAGUCUCGAGUCUGGCAUCAUGAAGACACUUUUGAUUUUGUUUGUUUUGAUGAAUUUGGACAAACUCCCGAGGACAGGACACUGCACGGAAACACGUGACCAGGUUCUAACAAUCACGCCGACGACCAGGGAACAAGUGGACAUCUUGAAGAAUGUGUCCACGCAAUAUGAGACAGCCUUAUGGCAGCCGGCCGCACCUCAGUUCAUCAAAGAAGAGACUGAGGUCCACCUGUUUGUACCUGCCAACAGCUCAGAGGCUGUCACAGACCUGCUGCAGAGACACGCCAUCACUCAUGAGGUGUUACUGGCCAACGCCAACGAGCUGAUUGAAAUGCAGACGAGGAACGACUCCACCGACCCAAGAAGCGGCUCAACGUUCUACGAGAGAUAUCACAGUCUGGAGGAUAUCUAUCACUGGAUGAACAGGAUCCAGCAGGACAACCCGGCCACGGUCAAGGUCAUCCUCAUCGGCUCCUCGAGUGAGAAGCGGCCCCUCUACGUUCUGAAGUUGUCUAUGAAUAACAGACCGAACAAGAAAGCAAUGUGGAUCGACUGUGGGAUCCACGCCAGAGAGUGGGUCUCUCCUGCUUUCUGCUUAUGGUUUGUACGCCACUCUCUGUCAUAUUACAGGCAAAACCAAGACAUCACUCACAUCCUGGACAACAUGGACGUCUACAUCCUGCCUGUUAUGAACCCUGACGGAUACCACUACACGUGGACGACAAACAGGAUGUGGAGGAAGAACCGCUCCGUCAGCAAGAGAAGCGGCUGCAUCGGAGUUGACCUCAACAGAAACUUUGAUGCCAACUGGUGCACGGAGGGGGCGUCCGAUGAGCCCUGCACCGAGAUCUACUGCGGCGAGUUCUCCGAGUCGGAGCCAGAGACCCAGGCCGUGGCCGACUUCCUGCGCAAGAACAAGGACUCGGUUCAGCUUUACCUCACCAUCCACUCCUACUCUCAGAUGCUGCUCUUCCCGUACUCCUGCACCUUAGAGGAAGCGGAGAACCACAGAGACCUGCUCGAGAUGGCCCAAGAAGCUGCCCAGAAAAUUCGAAGGUAUUAUAGCAACAACUAUCGAUAUGGUUCCGGGGCAAAGACGAUAUACUUGGCUCCUGGAGGUUCUGACGACUGGGCGUACAACCUGGGCAUCAAAUACUCCUUCACGUUCGAGCUCCAGGAUCACGGGCGGUAUGGCUUCCUACUGCCGCCAUCUCACAUUCCCAAGGCCUGCAAUGAAGCGCUGACCGCCGCCAAGACCAUCGCCCUCAAGGUUAUAGAGAAAACACAGGCGCCAACCAGUCCAGCUCCAGCCCUAUAACCAGUCGCGCCGGACUUUAAAGUUGAAGUGAAAGCCUGCGAACAAAGACUUUGUUGUACCGCGGUCAGAUCAGCUAGCCUUUAAUCACAGCCUUAAGUAUAAUCUGAUUUUUUUUUUUUGCUUUAAGGAGAUGUUUUCGUAGCAUUCCUUUAAUAAUGCAUCAUGGGAGAUUCCUUUAAGUGUAUGCAUACCGAAUAGAAAUGGCAUGGAAAAGUGUAAUGUAUUAAUUAUGGAAAGCUUUGUGGAAUAAAAACUGUGAAAGAAAUUGUAGAAAAAAAAAAAGAAGAAGAAGAAGAAAAGAAAAAAAAAAUUAAACUGACUGAAGUUUCAGAUUAAUUGUCGCUGGUGUGUAAAGUACUUUGAGCGAUUAGUACACUGAAAAAAGGGCCACAGUGGUGCAAGUCCAGCUGAUAUUCCUUCUACUUAAGGAGGAAGUAGUUCCAAUUAGAACUUGAUCACUGUGAGAAUAUCCCACAAUUAUUAAUAUUGACAAUAUCAAUAUUAAGUUUAUAGUGGUGUUAUUUGUGGUGGAGACACUGAGUUAAUGAGAACUGUGAUUAUACAUCACAGUUCUCAUAUUGGUACACAAUUGUUUAUUCACACAUUGUCAAAGCAUGUACACUGCAAUCCAAUAAAACACAUCUGCAUUAUA